UUUCGAUCUAACUUUCUAGCACGUUUUUCCGAGACACUCGUUUUCAACAAAUUCACCUUGAAAGACUCAACAGAGCUCAAUACAGGUAUGAUUCAUCAUACUGAGUCGAAUAGUGAUGUUUGUUGUCAGUUUCAAAACUAUUUGAGAUCAUUAUUUUAGUAUUUUGUAUACUGCAUCAAUGAAUAGUGGCGUAUGACAAUGCACAGACAUACAAAAAAAAACUUUCAUUUAGAGCUUUUUCAAUGACAAGUAUUUGUCGAAAUAAUCAAGGACUAUAUGUACAACAUUUCUAUUAUUACCUAUGGUAUUAGAAAUGUUUAGAAGAAGAGAUAACGACAAUGAGUCCAGUCUUCAAGUACACAAAAGAUAAAUAAUUAGAAAAAAAGAACAUUUUUGUCUUAUUUGUGUCUUUUACUGUGUUGAAAGACGUUGAUAUAGAGAAUAGUGGGGUACGUUUCGAAAUAUACAAAAAAUUGAGUAGUGAUGAAAGAAAAGUUUAUUUUUAUUUUUUAUUUUUCUAGACAAUGAAAUAUAUUUAUCGAUGGUUUAUUUUAAUAAUUUUAUUGAUGAAAUAUUCAUUGACUAAAGGAAAAAUAUAUUUGGUCUCGAACUAUGGUGCUUAUCCAAAUGAUGAUCUUGAUGAUACAAAUGGAAUUCAAUUAGCUAUUAAUGAAGCAAUCAAUGAUGAAUUCGUUAGUAAUAUUGUUUUUGGAUAUGAUAUAUAUUCAAUAUCAUCAACAAUUUUAAUAUUUAAUGCAGCUAAUUUAACAAGAAGAGGCGAAGGAAUUAAUCAAACAUUUCUAAUUGGUUAUAAUCAAGUAUCAAUCUUUUUUGCUCAAUAUUGUCAAGGAUUAAAAUUGACUUCAUUUUCCAUUGAUUAUAAUUCACUUCCAUUUACAGCUGGUUAUAUAGUUAAUGUCGAUGACAAAUAUGUACAUAUUCAAGUUGUACCACUUCAUCAAGCUGAUAUUAAUCGACAAGUUCAAGCUAUUCUUCGAUAUGAUCCAAUACAAAAUGAGAUCAGCUUUUGUAUAUUACGUUUACCAUUGAGAUCGUCUACACAAUUUCUUAAAGGAGAUCCUGUUGUUGCUCGUUAUGUUAUUUAUGGUCAAGAUAUAACUGAUAUUACUAUUCAAUCGAUAACUAUUUAUACAUCAUGGGGAAUGGGUUUUGUUACGUUAAGAGCUAAACGGUUAAAUAUUAAUAAUUAUUACGUUCUACCACAAAAUGGACGUUGGAUGAGUAUAAUUGUAGAUUGUAUGCAUUUUACAGAUACAAGAGAAUAUGUUUCUAUAUCUGAUAGUAAAUGUCAAGCGAUGGGUGAUGAUGCAAUGAAUUGGACUGAUCCACUUGAUGUUGGAGUUGGUACAAGUUUAGAGUUUAGUAAUAAUCAACAACCAUUUACAGUUCAUGAUAAUGGAACAAUUGCUUUAUUAAUAUUUAAUUCUACAAAUUCACGAAAAAUAAUUUUUACAAAUCCAGUAUCUGUCAAUGUUGGUGAUUGGGCUUGUGUUGCUAAUACACCUACGUUAACUAUACGAAAUUUUACUGUUGCAAAUAAUCGUGCUCGAGGAGUUUUGUUAGAAACAAGAAAUAUUGAUAUAAGACAAUCAUUAUUUUAUCGAACAAGUGGACCUGCUGUUCUUAUUCAACCAUCAAUGUAUUGGCAUGAAGGAAAAGGUAUAAUUACUAUAUUACCUGAUUCACCUCAAUUAGUUCCAGUAAUUAAUGAUAUUCGAAUAGAAUCUUCAACAUUUUAUUUUGGAAUACACAGUCAAGAACUUUUACAAUGUGAUAAUACAAAUAAAUUAUUUAUUAGUGGAAAUUAUAUCGCAACAAAUAAUUCCAUACCUCUAAUAUCAAUAUGUAAUAGUCGAAAUAUUUCUGCUGAGAAUAAUUGUGUUGUUAAUAAUCAAACAAAAAUUGAUGAAUAUUAUACAUUUGAUGAAACAAAUCUACGUUUGAAAAAUUUAAGUAGUUUAAUUGAUUUACCACCAUCAGCAUUUAAUUCAUCAUUUCCUCUACCUGUGAUCAGAAAAGAUGUCUUUCUUUACAAUCAUCAAUAUCAAUUAAAUAAAAGAAACUAUUUUCAGUAG